GAACAUUCCACCUGCACAGUGAUCCUGUGUGACGUGUGCUUCUUCUUCUUCUGUUAUCACUACUCGGUCUCACCCAGAAGCCAAAACCUCUGCUUCCCUCUCUCUCUCUCUCAAUCAAACCCAUGGCUUCUCCGAAGAAGAGCCCAUCAUCAUCAUCUUCAGAACCAGAGCGUCAGCACUCCGGCUCGGCGAUCGUAGUCCAACCCUCCUCCCCUCGCUUCCCUCCCAGCGGCACCCCCACCUCUGGCGCCCAGCGCCGCCUCGGGAUCGCCGUCGAUCUCAGCGACGAGAGCGCCUUCGCCGUCAAGUGGGCCGUCCAAAACUACCUCCGCCCCGGCGACGCCGUCGUCCUCCUUCACGUCCGCCCCACCAGCGUCCUCUACGGCGCCGACUGGGGCGCCACCGACGUCUCCAUCCCCAACGACGAGGCCUCCCAGCGGAAACUCGAGUCCGAUUUCGACAACUUCACCCUCACCAAAGCCACCGACGUCUCCAAGCCUCUCGAGGAGGCUCGGAUCCCCUACAAGAUCCACAUAGUGAAGGACCACGAUAUGAAGGAGCGUCUCUGCUUGGAGGUCGAGCGGCUCGGCCUGGUCGCCGUCAUUAUGGGCAGCCGGGGGUUCGGAGCCACCAAGCGGAGCUCCAACGCCAGGCUCGGUAGUGUUAGUGACUACUGUGUGCACCACUGCGUCUGUCCGGUCAUCGUCGUUAGGUUUUCCGAUGACAAGGACGGAGAUGGAGACGGAGUCGACGUCGUAAAACCCGCGAGGUUUGACUCUCUUCACGAGGAAGAGCCGGAGUUCCACGACGCUUUGGAUAAAGAUACGGAUAAGGUGCGUUGAAAAGAUAGAGAUGGUGAAGUGCAUUCAGAUGUUUAUCAAGUACUCCUGGUUCGUGUGUAAUCAUGUCGUCAUGUUGUAUGGAAAAGUUUGGCAGGGACUGAGUCUACUGAUCUUUGUUUAAACCCACUUUUUCACGGCGUUGCCAUAUGUUUAUGAAGCUCGGGGAUGUUGAUGAAUAAUGGAUGAUUUCAAUUUCAAUAUUUUUCCUUUUUACCUUUCUGAAUAUAUAAAAAAUGCAUAUGAAGUAGAUGAUUAUGAACUCA